UGUUGCUAGGUAGAGUAAGAUGGCUGCUUUGGACAGGGUCAAGGUGUUGGUGCUAGGCGACUCCGGUGUUGGAAAGUCUUCGCUAGUUCACCUCUUAUGCCAAAACCAGGUGUUGGGGAACCCAUCUUGGACAGUGGGCUGCUCAGUGGAUGUUCGAAUUCAUGACUACAAAGAAGGGACUCCAGAAGAGAAGACCUACUAUAUUGAGCUGUGGGAUGUUGGAGGUUCAGUGGGUAGUGCCACUAGUGUGAAAAGCACACGAGCAGUAUUUUAUAAUUUGCUGAAUGGGAUAAUUUUAGUGCAUGAUCUAACCAACAAGAAGUCAUCCCAGAAUCUAUAUCGCUGGUCUUUGGAAGCACUCAACAGAGAUGUUGCUCCAACGGGAGUUCUAGUGACAAAUGGUGAUUAUGACCGUGAACAGUUUGCUGAUAACCAGAUUCCACUACUGGUCAUAGGAACUAAACUUGAUCAGAUCCCAGAAACUAAGCGGAAUGAAGUUUUGACCAGAACAGCUUUCUUGGCUGAGGAUUUCAAUGCUGAAGAGAUAAAUUUGGAUUGCACCAGUCCUCGUUACCUAGCUGCGGGCUCAUCCAAUGCUGUCAAGCUAAGCAAGUUUUUUGAUAAGGUCAUAGAGAAGAGAUACUUUUUAAGAGACGGCAAUCAGAUUCCUGGCUUCACAGAAAGGAAGAGGUUUGGAGGAGGAGCAGUGAAGAGCCUUCAUUAUGACUGAACAGCGAGAAUAAGUUGAAGAUGGAUUUCCUGAGUUUCUAACAACAUUCCCAUUGGAUGUUUAAAGACGAUAAUGCUUGUGUCAGGCAGAAUAAAAUGAAACCAUGCUUUGGCCAGGUAAACUGCUGAAGCUACUUUUGCUGGAAAAGACUUGAGGAAGAAUUUCCAAAAUCUAAUUAGAGAUCUAAACUCAUUCUUAGGCUUGCAGGCCUUCUGGAUAUAUGGGAACUUUAGAGGGAUGUGUGCAAUAAAUUCAGUGCCUCCCACACUGCUGUGGGAAAUGUUGUCAUGCAUAGCAUGUAUAUUUGAUGUCUUUUUCUCCAUUUUGGAAGAUUUAUGAACAAUCUUUGCAAUGAAUUACAUUAAUCUUACCUCCAGCUGAAAGAUGAUACUGAGUGGGCUUCUCAUAUACAGUAAAGUGAAGGAAAAACAAACAAAAUGUAAGGAUGGAUAAGGAAUGAUCUGGAAAAUACAGAAUGCCAUUAUUAAAUAAAUGGUGUUAUCUCACCUGGAACACACUGUUCAGCUCUACUCAGAAGUGAUAAAAGAGAAAUAGGCAGGAGAUAAAAAAAUUUGAAGCACAAAAAAUCAUGGAUGGAAAACAAAUGGCAUUCAUUCUGCUGCUUUAAUUAAAAUUGUUUACUUUGGAGAGGACAGAAAAAGUCAGGUACUCCCGUUUAUCUUUUCAUAAUUGAAAUUCCUUGUUAUUAUAUCAAGUUAAAAGGCAAUGCAUUGAAAGUUGAUGGAAAAAGUAUAUUUUUAUAGAAUGCUUAUGUGGAACUCAAUGUGAAAUGAUCUUACUAAAACUGAGAGCUUAGUGGGUUCAGAAAACAUGAAAUACAAGAACAGCCAUUGUUGAAUUAGGAUGGAUAGAAAUCUAAAAGGGAUAUAAAGCCCCGUAAAGAGUAGGAACCAAGUAAGGAUGCUCAGAAAGAAGUAACUGUGAUAGGGCAGUUUCCCUCACACAUCUAGUGCUAAAGAUGUAGCAGACUUGACAAAGAGGCCUGCUGCUCUGAUUUGCUGUGCCAGCUGUUAGUUUUCUAAAUAUCUCAGGCUCUAUAUAAUUUCUUACCUCCCCAGAACUAUAAGGAGUGGUAAAAGCCAGGUAAAAGACCUUUCCUUCCUCGUAGUUACCUCUAAUGGUUAAAGCCUCUGGCAGGCAGAGGCUGACUAAGAGCUAGAGUUAGAUAUAAAUACAGAUUAAUAAUAAAUGGGAGUAGAGGAAAGUAAAUGCUAGUGAGAAAUUGACAUUGAGCUGAGUUCUGCAGUCUCCAGAUUACAUCUGCCUGCAGCUUUUCUCUAGCAGCUGCCUGGAAUUAAAUGGGAAACUGCCUAUUGCCACUAAUCAGACACAAAAAUGAAAGCUAGGUGCACCAGUCAGACUUAUUAAAAAUAAAAACAUGAAUACUUUGCUUUUCCUUUCUACAGGCCGUUUCCCAGAGGUUCUCACAGCAUUUGCAAACAUUAGUGCAGUCCAUUUUUAGAUGGCUGUAUGAAAUAGGAUAUUUGUUUACACUUUAUGAUGUGGGAAAAUAAGGUUUCAGACUGUUCAUACCAGAUAACCUGUGCUUGAGUUAUGCAGCUGAUGACAGUACCAAUGUCUCUCUCCGCUCCUUUGACAAUGAAAUCUGAAAUUAUUUUCCCAAGGUCAGAUGCUAUUUUAGGGUAAUCAGAUCUGGGCUCCCUCCUGUUACCAAGGAGCUGCAGAGAGAGAGAGAGAGAGGAGAAAAAAAAAAGAAAAAAAAAACUAUUUUCUCUUUCACGCUAUGGCUUCUUUAAGAGACUUGAAAGUGUUGCAGAGUAAGGGAAGCCAAGAGCACCCGUUUAGACUAAGAUACUGCUCUACAUAAUGGUAACACAAAUUGUUGAUUUGGAGGAAGCAACUUCCAAAGCAGCUCCCUUCAAUUAAUCAAAAAAGAAACAUUGUGUAGUAUGGUGGAAGGUGGCCUAAGCCUUAGACAGGACUUAACUUGUAUUUGUGCAUUUCGCUCAAGAGGCUUUACAGAGAAGAAACUGAUUCUUAAUAUGAGAAAUCUUUGAAGGUGAAUUCAUGCUCCAAGAAUAAGAGAGAAUGUAUAUGUCCAGGGCAUCCAUGGAACGGAAGCUGAUGGUAGUUAGGAUUUUAGGACAAAUUAAAAUGAGAUACUGUUACGAUAGGAGGGAAAGAAGAUAAAGGGAACAACAACUAAGGAGGAGUACAUGAGCAAGCAGCAGGCCAGUGUUAGCAGGCUGAGAGGGGAGUUUAUUCAAGGCUCUAGCUCCUGCUCUGGGCUCAGCUACGUCUAUCUGCAUGCCUUCGUCCACCUGUGAGCCAUGAAAACUCAUCGGGAAUUUCUAUCGCCUACUGAAUUGACUUCCUGCAUGGCCUGGCAAGCAACUUCACUGGUCAGUCUCACUGUUUCCAUUGGCAAAGUGAAGGAUGCUUCCCUGGAGGCAUAGUCCUGAUGUAUCUGUCUAUCAAAUUACACUGCUUUCAACACAUUUUGAAUUAAAGAGUCUGUAUUUUUAUUGUUUUAGUCUUGAUCAUUUAACUUGAAGAAAAUGAGGACCGAAGGUAUUCCAAGCUGUUUGUGUUGUCACAGUAUUUAGUCUGAUAAGACCUCCUCUGACUCUGUCCUGCCAUAAACUCUUUCAAUUUCAAUACAGUUGGUUUUAAUGCACUGAAA